AUGGCGCCCAUCCGACGGUAUCUGCGCGUGAGCAAGUUCUCGGUGCUGGAGUGUCGAAUCUACCUGGAUAACCCAUCUGAUUCACGGUGGCUCCUGAAUCCUCGCGAUCCCGUCCUCCCGCGCGUGUUCGCCGCGAUCCGACCACUGGUCCUGCCCAAGUUGCGGGAAGAGAACGAGCGACUCUUUGCGCGCAAGAAAAGCAAGCCCGUCAAGGAUGUCAUUGCUGAGGACGAGUUCGAGGUGGCCAUCUUCCUCCGCGAAACCCGCACUCGCCAUUCGCUGCUCACGCGAAGCAAGACAUUCCACAAACCAGACAACCCAGACAUCAACGCAGAAGGAAACUCGGGGCCAUCGACCGACCCAACUGGCUCCGCAGACGCGGGGAUCCUAGUCGAAAGUGAUGGCGAGCCCGAUCUCGAUCUGCACGAUAUUCCGGAGGCAGCUGCAGAUGCCACAACACCAGAAAACACCGAUCAGCCCAAUCGGAGAAAAAGGAAAACAGCCCAGGCAGGUCCAGCCGAGGAGGACUCCGGUGAUGAGAAAAAGCUCCGCUUCAGCACCCAGUAUGAGAGCUUCAAUAUUUGUGGAUGGGUGCUAUGUUUGUUAGUGACUCGCAAGGGCGACCGAACUCGGCCAGCCCUCGCAACAUCAGAACUGAGUCGGCAGCCACUAAUGGAGGAAUGGAUUUCCACCCAGGCUCAAGCAUCUCUGGAUGAGGAUUGA